AUGCUGCGGCACAGUAUUUGCCUUACGUGGACGGACGUGCCGUGUGUUUCAGGGCUGCCUAGCCGCGAGGCGCGCAGCUACGACGCCGGCGUUCACCGCGGCGGUGGGGGCGACGCGCUGCGGUCCGCGCCGGCGCCCACCUCUAUAUUCGCCACCGAGAACUCUACCGUGGCGGUGGCGCAGGUGGGCGGCACGGCCACCCUGCCGUGCGUCGUGCGCAAAUUUGCCUCCGGCGUGGUGUCCUGGAUACGGAGGAAGGACUAUCACCUAUUAACGGUUGGCCUAGCAACAUACAGCAGUGAUAGUCGCUUCCAGAUUGUGCACGCUAGACACCUUCAAAGCUGGGCCUUGCAGAUAAAAUUCGUGCAACCACAGGACGCCGGCUGGUACGAAUGCCAAGUUUCCACGCAUCCGCCGACCAGCAUAUUUGUUGAACUGAAAGUCACAGAGGCGGUGGCAGAGAUCGCCGGAGCCCCGGACCUGCACCUGCGCAGCGGCAGCGAGCUGCGGCUGAUCUGCAAGCUGAAGCGGUCCACGGAGGCGCCGGAGUUCGUCUUCUGGUACCACGACGACCGCAUGAUCAACUUCGACGAGGACCGCGGCGUGGCUGUGAGCAAGGGGCGCGGCGGCAGCCAGCUGCUCAUCCCGAGGGCGGAGCGCACGGACUCCGGCAACUACACGUGCGCGCCCUCCAACGCGAGGGCCGCCAGCAUCACCGUGCACGUCAUCGAGGGCGAGAAGCCGGCGGCAAUGCAGCACGACAGCCGCAGCGCGUGCCCGCCCCCGGCCGCCGCCCCCGGGCUGGUGGUGGUGCUGCUGGUGCUGCUCUGCCUGUGGUCCUCGCUGGUGCUGGCCCCUGCCUGCACCGUCCAGCCUGCGAGCAGCUGACGCCGCUGUCUGCUCUGCGUGCGCCGUGGUCCCCUGCUGUGACAGCAGAGCGGCCGCUCGUGACACAACAGCUACUGUGCGCCGUCAGCGUCAAGCCAAUUCACCAGUAAUGAUUACACGUCUCGUGUCACUCUGUGCAGGUGACCAGUGAUGAGACUUCAGACGUGAAGACAAUGUAUGGACGUACAGAGAAUAUUUGGUUUUUGGGGCCUGGAGGUACUUGUAUAUUCGUAAUUUACCCAUCGACAGCGCCCAAAACUAAUUGUAUACAGCACUGAGUACAGGACUUUAUUAUAAUAUACAGUAAGUGAUAUUUUGUCACACGUCAGA